AUGACUCAUUCUGGUGGAGAAACAUCGUUUUCCAACGAUGGGAACGUAAACGAUUUAACAGAUAGUGAAAAAGCUUUAUAUGAUCGCCAGAUUCGGCUGUGGGGUUUCGGAGCUCAAAACAGGUUUUUUGCAGGAUUUUAUCCUCUUUUUAAUUUCCAUUGUUAUCAUUGCUAUGAAAAUUUUGAAAAAUUACUUUUUUGUGCCAAGGCGUGUAGACGUAAAUGUCAGAUACUCAAUCCAAAUGUUAAACUAUAUAUAGAUACUGAUAGUAUUACUGAUAAGGAUGAAGAAUAUUUAAAAAAUUUUAAUUUGGUGAUUUUAAUGGACCAAAAAUAUUCAGUUAUCAAGAAAAUUAAUGAAAUCUGCAGAAAAAAUCACGUAAGGUGCGUCUUAUAUGUUUUGAGUCACAUAGAUUUUAUGCAGUUUAUGGAAAAAAAUUAUACAAUUAGGUUUCCUAUGUGGAUUGCGCUGCAAUUGAUGAAGAAAUUUUGA